AUUACAAAUUAUAACACAGAAUAAGAUUUUAAAUUUAUAGAACGACACGGCUUAUUUUAGGUGUUUAAAAUUUAUCAUCGAGAACUUAUUAAUAUUUACUAAUAUUUAUUGAAACAUUGCGUAUUAAAAUUAAAGAUACAAUCAACCACGGUAUACAAGUGCGUGAAAUUAACCGUUCUUCGCAACGCUCAAGUUGGUAAAUUAAAUUAUGGACAUGCUUCCAGCGAUUCGAACUAUUUAUGACUGUUAUGAGAACGAACCUAACCUAAAGAAUACAUCAUUUUAGUACCAGAAAAAUGUUAUGAUAGUUUUCACAUUUCCAGAGGAAUAACUACCAAUUAUGCAAUUUAUUGAUUAUAAAUCUAAUCCUAAAAUUAAGAUAUAAAAAUUCUUCAUUUACCAUAUUCUAUUUUUGUUGCCAUGGGAACAUUGUACUGAAAUUUGUAAACAAACGGGAGUGAAUGCUUUGAAUAUGCUUUUAUUGUAAAAUAGCGAAAAUAGUAAAUGUAUAAUGGCAAAUGAGAAGCUUCUUUUCCGUUUGGAACAACCUCAUGGUCUAGGUGAUAUUUAUAUUACAUGGCAAAAUGGAUCAGGAAUGUACUUUGCAACAACUGGAAUUGAUUCUGUAAUUAACAUAUUCGAUAGAUAUGGGCAAAUACAAGAAAGAAUAAAAUUGCCCGCACUGUGUACGGGCUUCUCAUGGGAUACUGAUGGUGAUAUUCUGGCUAUUAUAAGUCAGUCAUCUCAAUUAAUUUUAUGGGACACAAAUACAGCUAAGAAAGAUAUAAUAGAUGUGGGGCUAAAAGAUUCUAUGUCAUGUCUAGUUUGGGCAAAAAGAAGUGCUAUUUUAGCUCUUGGAACUGUCAAAGGAAAUGUUUCGAUUUUCUAUCAUAAUACAUCCAAGAAAAUUCCAAUAAUAGGAAAACACACUAAAAAGAUUACUUGUGGUGUUUGGAACAGUGAUAAUAUUUUGGCAUUGGGAUCUGAUGACCGAACAGUGUCAAUAAGUAAUAGUGAUGGUGAUACUUUAAGAGUGAUUAAUAUACGAGCAGAACCUUCCGAAAUUGAUUUUUCACGAAUGAAAACUGAUGAGAGAGAUGUUGGGGAAAAUACGGUUAGUUUAUUGGUAGGCAAAAAAACUCUGUAUUUAUACAAUUUGUUGGAUCCUGAUAAUCCAGUGGAAUUGGCGUUUCAACCUCAUUAUGGUUCUAUAGUAAAAUAUAAAUGGUUCGGAGAUGGAUACAUUUUAUUAGGAUUUUCGGCUGGUUAUUUUAUAGCUAUUUCAACACAUAUCAAGGAAGUAGGACAAGAGUUGUUCCAAAUACGUAACCAUAAAAAUAGUCUAUUUGAUAUUGCAAUCAACGAAGUGACUGGAAAAGCCGCCUCUUGUGGAGACAAUACAGUUAAAAUACACGAUUUAGCAAAUCUUCAAGAAACAUCGAGUGUCUUAUUAUUGGCCCAAGAAUCUGGAAUUGACAGGAUCGAUUGGAGCAAUGAUGGACAACUCUUGGGAGUGUGUACGAAAGGUGGAUCUCUCAAUGUGUAUGUUUCAUAUAUGCCAAUGCUAACCUCAGUUUGUGCACCAAUAAUCGCAGUGUUAUCGAGUUUAACGGAAAUUAGUCUUUACAAUUAUUCUUCCGAUCAGUCUAAAAUAAAACCGAUUACGGUCUCUUUGGAAAUUGAACCAAGCUUCAUUGCCGUUGGACAUUAUUAUUUAGCCGCCGGAAUGAACAACAGUAUUUGGUUCUAUAAUUUACCUAAAGAUCAAGUUUUUGAUGACGUUUCUUUAAAACUCAAAGAAAAACAAUACAUGGGUGCAAUUUCUAGUAUUAAACUAGGCCAGGAGUAUAUUGCAGUUCUUGUGGAGGGAAAACUUUUAUUACAUUUAGUCGAAUCAUCUAACACAAAUCAAGAAGAAAAAGAUUCAAUAACUUUUCCCGAUAAUAUAAACGAUUCUGUAGUAAUUACUUGUCAUGAAAUAACCACGGACUUCUUAAUAUAUGGUACCGAUAUGGGUAGUAUAAUAUAUUUUCAUUUAGACGAUUGGUCCCGAGCAUUAGAGUACAAACAUGCAAUUGGCAUUACGAAUAUUUACGUGGAUCCUGCAGGAACUAGAUUAGUUUUCCUUGAUAUUAAAACGAAAGGUUAUAUCUUCAAUGCUGCCUUUAAUGAAGUAGUUUCAAUACCAAAUUUACCAAGUAAAGUAGUAGGUAUAGUAUGGGAUAGUAAUAUCGCCGAAAGAAACAUAUUUAUUGUAUACGAUGAAAAUAAUAUUUAUACCUACCAUUACGUUAGUCGUUCUACCAAAGGUACUUUUGUAGAAAAAAUUGGACAUACAACUCUGGUUACCAAGCAGUUACCACUUUUAAUGUAUUCAGGUGUGGUCACGUCAGCUUCAUCUGGUGGUCAACUUACGCAGUUAAUAUUGACAACUCAUGAUACUUCUCAAUUAAAUGUCAAUGAGAAAGAUCAAAGUAUUUUAGAGGAGCAUUUCAAUAAACAACUUUCUCUACAGAGGUUUAAUGCUGCUUUCGAAACUGGUCGAUUGCUGAAGUCUAAGGAGAUGUUACAAAAAUUAGCAGAAGAAGCUCUCAAUUGUUUAGAAAUCGAGCUCGCAAUUCAAGUCUAUAAAGAAUUAGAAGCAGUUGCAAUGGUUUGGAGUCUAGAGAGUAUUGUAGAAAUAGAAGAUUACAAACUUUUGUGCGGUUAUAUAAGCAUGUAUUUGAGUAAUUACGAUAAAGCACAAGAAUGGUUUCUACAAUCUAAUUAUCCAGAAGCUGCGUUGGAAAUGAGACGAGAUCUACUACAAUGGGAACAAGCUUUAGAGCUAGCAAGGAAAUUGGCACCCAAUGAUAUCGCAUUAAUUUCCAGGGAAUAUGCUCAACAAUUAGAAUUCAUAGGAAAAUAUUCUGAAGCUUUAGGACAUUACGAACGAGGUUUACAAGAUGAUUUGAACCCUGAACAUACGUUUAUUUGCAAAGCUGGUAUAGCACGAACUAAUUUGCAUUGUGGUAACUAUCGGCAUGGUAUAUCUAUCGCUGUUGAAUUGGACAACAAGCAACUCCUCAGAGAAAGUGCUGAAAUUCUGGAGAAGAAGAAACAAUUAAUGGAAGCUGCUUCAUUAUUUGAGAAAUGUCAGCAAUAUGAAAAAGCAGCUUCCAUUUAUAUAAAAAUGAAAAAUUGGAAUAAAGUGGGAGAACUUUUGCCAAAUAUCAGUUCUACGAAAAUUUAUUUGCAGUAUGCCAAGGUGAAAGAGCAAGACAAUGAAAUUGAACAAGCUGCUUGGGCUUACCACAAAGCAAAGGAUUUCGACUCAGUUAUAAGGUUGCAAUUAGAUCAUUUGAACAAUCCCGAAAUAGCAGUGGAGUUGGUGCAAGAAACAAAGAGUAUGGAAGGAGCUAAAAUGGUAGCAAAGUUUUUCUUAGGAUUAAACGACACGGCAUCCGCUAUAAAAUUCCUCAUCAUUUCAAAAUGUGUUGACGAAGCUUUCGAUUUGGCGAAAAAGCACGACAAAAUGGCACUCUAUGGAAAAAUUUUGUUGGAUACAUUUUCUGAAGAUGAUAUAAAACCGCAAGAUUUUGUAAGCGUAGCAUCACAUUUUGAAAAUGAACAGAACUUUUUAUUAGCCGGAAAAUAUUGGUUCCACGCUAAAGAUUAUCAUAAGGCAAUGAAACUACUACUGAGAGCAGCAAGAUCAAAUACUAAAGAAAAAGAAGCUAUAACUACGGCAAUAGAUGUAGUCGCGUCUUCUAAUGACAAUUCAUUAGCUAGUUCUCUAAUCGAAUUUUUAUUAGGUGAAUCAGAUGGCAUUCCUAAGGAUCCCAAAUAUCUAUUCAGAUUAUAUAUGGCCAGAAAACAAUUCAAAGAGGCUUCAAAAUCUGCGGUCAUUAUAGCCAAUGAAGAACAGAUUAAUGGAAACUACAGAAACGCUCACGAUAUUUUAUUUGCUAUGUGUCAAGAACUAAAGGAGAACCAUAUUAGAAUACCUUUUGAAAUGUACACGAAUUUGAUGCUUUUGCACAGUUACAUACUGGUCAAAUUACACGUUAAACGAGGACAACAUUUAAACGCAGCUAGAAUGUUAAUAAGAGUCGCAGAUAAUAUAUCAAAAUUUCCAUCACAUGUUGUACCGAUAUUAACUUCUACUGUUAUUGAAUGCCAUCGAGCUAAUCUGAGACAAGUGGCAUAUAAAUACGCAACGACAUUAAUGAAUCCUGAGUAUCGAAAAAAUAUAGAUCCAAAGUAUAGUAAAAAAAUUGAGGCGGUAAUAAGGAAGCCAUCGAAAGGGAAUAAAGAUGGCGAAACAGUAAUGGAUCCAAAUGAACCUCUUACUCCUUGCCCAUAUUGUGAGAAUAUGUUACCUGAAACAGAAACCACAUGCCAUAGUUGUAAAAACAAUAUUCCAUUUUGCAUUGCGACAGGACGUCAUAUAAUAAAGGCAGACCUAACUGCUUGUCCAGAAUGUGAUUUUCCAGCAAUACUCAAUGAAUUCAGUCAACUUAUUGACACGGACGCAAAAUGUCCAAUGUGUUCGGCCAGUGUAAAUCCUACAAGACUACAGAAAAUAGAAGAUUUCAAACCCUAUCUGAACAUAGAAUAAUGUUCGUGAUAGCCAAAGCACAUUUUACCUUUCAAAGUAUGAUUGAAAGAAUUCAGUAUCAUAUCAAGUAGAGAAUUAUUUAGAGGUUGGAGCUUAUAAUUUAUGGAUCAUUAUAAUUUAUAGCUAUUUAUCCAUACUAUUUUUUUACAUAACAAACUAAACUGAUGAACAAGACCAGAUAAAGUUAAUGCGAAGGAAUCCCAUAAGCUGCGAUACUAAGUUGCAUCAUGAUUCUGCAAGGAUGAGAACCCCAAACCGAUUUUCUGUGCUGUAUGGGGUUGGAAGAAGACAAUAAUGAGACUGGUUUUUUUAUAACGCCAAAAAAUUGAUAAAGUUUACGUUUACUUGAAACAUUGAAACACUCUUUCUGUUCAUGGGCUUUUAUAAUAAUGCGUAAAACUUUAUAAUAAUAAAAUUUUUAUUAAUUAUCCUUAAUAGUUAUGUUGAUUGAAAAUAAUGAUCCAAAUCAAAUAUUAAAGAACUUAUUAUAAAUUGUCUUUAUUUGUGAUGUGGUAUUAAUCACAGAUAAUGAAAAAUAGCAUUAAAUUUGGACAAAUACGUGAAUAUUAUUUAAGUGGUUAUAGAAAUGGGUUCACCUUAUAUAGCGAUAAUUUUGAAAUUAAAUUAAAGAAAAAAUUAUGUCCUACCUAUGUCUAAGUACACUAUUUUAACUAUUAUGACGAUCUAAGAAAAAAUUAUAUUUACAGUCAACAGUUCAGUUCAAAAAUGACUUUCACUAUGCUUUCCAGAAUCUGUUUGACUUUGAUGACUCGUCCUGGAACUUUAACUUUAAGUCUUCUGCAUACUUCAGGAAUUAUAUUUGUUUUUUUUAAUUAUUAACCCUUUAGAACCCUAUAUAUACUUUCGGGUUUUCUUCAUUCAUUUUCCAUCACUCUGUUUGACUUUCCGGUCACUGCUUAAACUUUCGAAUUUUUUUAUUUACCCUUUGUGCGUAACUCAACCUUUUUUUUAAAUGCUCUUCGACGAUGUCUGUUCUUUGUAAUACACUGAGAGUAUACUGUCUUAAUUUAAUCUUUUUUUUAUAUAAUUAUAAGGUUACUUUAUUGACAAUGUAUGAUGCAAUAUUCAUUGAUGGUUAUAUAUCAUUAUUUUAUUUUAAAAACUAAUGUUGAUUCCUUAAUCUCUAUAAUAAAUUUUGUGUACAUAAUCUUUAUUUAACAUUAUGAGGUUCCUCACUCUAUUAAUUAUACCGAACCAGUGUUCCAAUUAUGUAAAGAAUUGUUCUGUUUUAGUAUGUUAAUAUAUUAUAUGAAAUAUUUGUUAGAUUUAAAAAAAUAUUCGAGGAUAGAGUAUCGUACUCGCGUAUAAUAAGUUAUUAUUAUUUACACUCGUGAAUAAUAUAGUAUUAUUCAUUUACUUUAUCACAUACGCAUUCUAUUACAAUUUAUUUCUUUGUUGUUCUUCUUGAGCAGUAAAUAAAACGCUGGUGGCAUAUUUUAAUUGGUGUUAUAACUUUAUUCUCAGUUGUUCUCUAUUUAUGACAUAAUAUUUUGUCUUUGUAAUUAAUUGCAUGUAAUUUCUCGAGGCAAUUUUUCACUUUUGUUCUAUGCUAACUUUCGGUAUUAUUAAACUUUAUUUUGAAUAUAUUUCUAUGACUAUGUUACUUAAUAAACUGAGUAUUCUGACUGCUCGCAGUAACUAGGAUCAUAAAUAUUAUUUACAUGACUUGUGCAGAAUCUUAUAGUUUCAAGGCAGAAUUUGCCAGUUAACGUGAAUAUUAAGAAUAAUCUUUGGAAUUGUUACAUUUUGGUAAACUACCUACCUACCAACCUUACCACAAACCCAACCAACUAAGUAAACGCUUUUACCAUAUUGCUUUUAGUAGAAGCAUCCUUUAUUCCAUUUAUUUUCUGUAAUUCUAUUUAACUCAAAAUUUCUAACAAAAACUAUUUGUUUGGCCGGUGUGAAUCCCACAAGUCUACAAAAAAUAGAAGAUUGUAUUGUAUUGUAUUAUUUUGUCCAUAUCUUUCAGGAAAACUUCAAAAUCGCUGUUUGAACUAAUUUUCGGUUUUUUUUUCUAGACAACUUAUUUUGGUUCCAUUGUUUUUAACUGCUUUCGGACUGUUUUUAUUUAUUUUUCAAAUUAUGCCUAUUAUUGUAUAUAAGAAUUCGACGUAAUGUUUCUAUUUGUUAAUGUUUGCCUUACAAUAAAAAACAAUAUUUCUGAAUCUCCAUACUAUUAUAUUAAUGAGUAAUUGGAGCUCUUUAUAUGAGGAAGUCUAAAUUUCCAUGUUAUUAAUUUUAGGAGACAUUGACGCAACAUUAUUAUCCUCGGUUACAGGACUCAUGGUUUGGUCUACCACUGUGCAAUAAAGUGAACUUACACGGAAACUAGGUGAUUAAGAGGCCACAGUCUUGUUUUCCAACAGAAUAGUUUUAUUUUUCUUAUGAAUAAAACAUUUCUUAAUGUCUUGAUUGAUAAAAUUUGUAACUCCACUUGUGAGUCGUUAAUCUAACCCAUGAUGUAAAGACUACAAGGUGUGUUCUUCCCGAGGGCUCAUUUUCGACUCGUUCUGUGCAUCUCUUUGGGAGCGAAUUUUCAUUUGCUGAUUCCCAGCUGGUGCACAAUAGCACACUUUGUAGUCAUUACAUCAUGAUCUAACCUAUGUUGUUGGCCACAAACAUAACUAUUUGGUGGGAAACCUAAGCAGGCGUAGUAAAAAACUCGAGGUGCUCCAUAUUCUAUUCACACAUAAAUAAGGGAUAUCAUAUUUAAAAUUUUUCUAACCAGACUGAAACAGUUUUUGUUAAUAAUUACACAAGUGAAUCGAAAACAUUAUCAAAUAAGUAUCAUUAUUGAAAAAAAAAAAAUAAAUAAAUAAAUAAAAA